CUUUCGUUUCCUACGCUCAUCAGCGACGACGACGAUGUCCGGCACCGCGACCCCAGACACAGACUUCGGAAAGGUCCCCAGCAGGACUGCCGACCUCAACGAGACAUGGGACUUCCUUAAUCGCGGUGUCGAGCACAUCAUGCUCCACCUCGAAAAGGGCCUCUCCUUCUCGCACUACACGAACCUCUACACGACCGUCUACAAUUACUGCACGUCCACAAAGAUGCAGGGGAAGCUCGAGGGGAACAGAUCGGGCGCUAACCUCGUGGGGGCGGAUUUGUACCAGAAGCUGACCGUGUAUCUGCAAGAACACUUCAAGCCGAUGCUUCUGAAAUUCGACACCUUGCAAGACGAGGAGCUCCUACGAUACUACGCACAAGAGUGGGAUCGAUACACGACAGGCGCAAACUACCUCAACCGUCUCUUCACGUACCUCAACCGCUACUGGGUCAAGCGCGAACGCGACGAGGGCAAGAAGACGGUCUACCAGGUCUACACGCUCGCCCUCGCUCAGUGGAAGUCUGGCGUCUUCUUGCACAUCCAGAGCCAGGACUCCAAGCUCGCCGGUGCGCUCCUGCGCAUGAUCGAGCGCCAGCGAAACGGGGACGUCGUCGAUCAGGGCUUGAUCAAGAAGGUCGUCGACUCGUUCGUCUCCCUCGGGCUCGACAACUCCGAUCCGAACAAAGAGUGCCUCGACGUGUACAAGGAGCACUUCGAGACGCCUUUCCUCGAUGCGACGGACAAGUACUACCGGCAAGAGUCUGAGGCGUUCCUCGCGCAGAACUCGGUGUCGGACUACCUGAAGAAGGCGGAGGACCGGUUGAAGGAGGAGGAAGACCGUGUCGAGCGGUACCUGCACACCAAGACGCGCAAGGACCUCAUCAGCCGCUGCGAGAACGUCCUGAUCCGCGAGCACCUCGAGCUCAUGCAGGACAGCUUCCAGCGGUUGCUCGAUUACGAUCAGGACGAGGACUUGCAGCGGAUGUACGCGCUCCUCGCCCGCAUACCAGAUGGUCUCGAGCCGCUACGCAAGCGCUUCGAGAGCCACGUCAAGCAGGCCGGUCUCGCCGCUGUGUCCAAGCUCGGCACCAGCGUUGACACGCUCGAUCCGAAGGCGUACGUCGACGCCCUCCUUGAGGUCCACCGCAAGAACUCGGAAACGGUACAGCGGAGCUUCAAGGGCGAAGCCGGUUUCGCUGCAAGCUUGGAUAAGGCGUGCAGAGAAUUCGUCAACCGAAAUGCUGCCACCGGCACCUCGUCGACCAAGUCGCCUGAACUUAUCGCCAAACACGCCGACAUGUUGUUGCGGAAAAACAACAAGAUGGCGGAGGAGGACGAUCUCGAGGGCGCUCUGAACCGCGUGAUGAUUCUGUUCAAGUACCUCGAGGACAAGGACGUGUUCCAGACCUUCUAUACCACGAAGCUGUCGAAGCGUCUCAUCCAUGGCGUCUCCGCCUCCGACGAGGCCGAGGCGAGCAUGAUCUCCAAGCUCAAGGAGGCCUGCGGCUUCGAGUACACGAACAAGCUGCAGCGCAUGUUCACCGACAUGUCCCUUUCCAAGGACCUCACGGACAACUUCAAGGAGCGCAUGCAGCAGAACCACGACGACAUGGACAUCAACUUCAGCAUCAUGGUCCUCGGCACGAACUUUUGGCCGCUGAACCCGCCGACGCACGACUUCACGAUCCCCGCGGAGAUCGCGCCGACGUACGACCGCUUCCAGAAGUACUACCAGUCAAAGCACUCGGGGCGAAAGCUCACCUGGCUGUGGAACUACUCCAAGAACGAGCUGCGGACGAACUACUUGAACCAGAAGUACAUGCUCAUGACGAGCUCGUACCAGAUGGCGGUGCUUAUGCAGUACAACAAGAAUGACACGUUGUCACUGGAGGAGCUGGUUGCGGCGACGGCGAUCUCGAAGGAGAUCCUGACGCAGGUGCUCGCGGUGCUGGUGAAGGCGAAGAUCUUGAUCAACGACGAGGCGGAGCAAUAUGAUCUGAACCCGAACUUCAAGUCGAAGAAGAUUCGUGUCAACCUCAACCAGCCGAUCAAGGCUGAGGUCAAGCAGGAGUCGAACGAGGUUUUGAAGGCCGUCGACGAGGACAGGAAAUACGUGAUCCAGGCCACGAUCGUCCGUAUCAUGAAGGCGCGCAAGACGAUGAAGAACCAGGCCCUCAUCCAAGAGGUCAUCUCGCAGAUCUCGCAGCGCUUCGCGCCCAAGAUUCCGGACAUCAAGAAGGCAAUCGAGACCCUCCUCGAGAAGGAGUACAUCGAGCGCGUUGACGGCCAGAAGGACACCUUUGCCUACGUCGCCUAAGCGUCCUCCACCGACAGCGCGCGAGCCUCCUCUGUCAACGUCGUCGCCGUCGCUCGACCGCCGUCCGUCCUCGAGCGAACAAACGAACCGCCCCCACACAUCUAUUCUUGUGCAAGUAAAUACUUAGGCAUGUAUUCUAGUCGUUGUCUCGCACUUUCCUGCUUGUCGCAUUUAUCGUAGUAGCCCCACUGUUUAUCAUAGAACUCCCGCUUUGCACAGUUAU